GUGUCCAAUUCCAAUACCAGCCAGUCAUCAAUACUCCCUCCCUCUUCUUGUUACACACGUUCUUGUUUUGGCCAUUUAAGCAUAGAACUCUCAACCACAACUUUAGCUUCACUUUUUAAUUUUUCUGCUAACCAACCAUCAAGCACAGUCUUAGUAUUGGCAGCAUUUGUUAAUAUCUUGGCAAAACCAGAUGGAUGGUGCAGAGCUUGGUAGCAGAAGAAGGAUUGGAUCAGUUAAAGCUGCAGUUAACUUCUAUGAUGAUAAGGUUGCUGAUAUUGAUGGUCCUUCAUUGAAGAAAACCCAGAUGGAUUUCUCAUUGAAGCCCUCUUCAAGAACAAGGGAACUCCACAGAGCAAGAAGGGAUAUUGGAAGGUACAAAGAGACCAGAUGGGCUGCAGAAUCUGCAAAAGCUCAAGCAGAAUCCGAGCUUUCAAAUGCGAAGAAGAUGGUGAAAAAUCUUUCUUCUAUGAUUGAGGAGUCCAGCAACAAGGCAAAAACACAAAUGAGAGAUGUAGAAGGACUAGAGAAGUGGGGGAAGGGUCAACAUGGGGCAAUGGUUGUUGCAAAGAGGAAUGAGAAUUAUGAGUAUGCACAAGUCAUGAGAGAGUUGGAGUAUCUCAAAAAGGAAUUGUUCAAGCUUAAGCUUGAUGUGGCUUCUGUGAUGAAAGAGAAAUCCCAGGCAGAUAAGGAAAUUGAAGCAUCAAACUCAAAGAUGCUCUCAUGUUUAGCAACUGCAGAAGUACUUAAAAAGGAGAUCGAGGAAGCCAAUGAAGAGCAAGUACUUGCUGAACUCGCCAGGAUUGAGGCUUUGAAAGAAUUGGCAGAUAUUGAAGCUCAGAGAGAACGGGAAGCUAAUGAACUUUCAUUCAAAUUGGAAGGCACAAGGGGAAAGUUGAAGGAUGCUAUUAAAGAGAUUGACGACUCAAAGGAGCUUGAAAUGAAAUUAGCUGUGACAAUAUCAGAUGUUAAUCUCUUGCAAAAUGAGUUGAAGACAGUUAAGGAAAUGCAGAAAAGGGUUAAAGGAGAUGGGAAUGUGAAGCAAUUGGAGGAAAGUUUCAGGAACUGGGAGGAAUCAGAAGACUCCAUGAUGUUACAGACUAUAAUAGAAGAAUUGGAGGCAGCAAAGAAAGAAUUAGCUUUGGUUAGAGAAGAAGGUUUUCAGUUUAUGGCCUCUAUGGAUGUCAUAAGAAAUGAGCUGAAGCAUGUCACUGCUGAGACAGAUAACUUGAAGAAGAAAGAAGGGAAAGUGGACUCAACAGUUCAAAACCUCAACUCCAAGAUUUUGAGAGCAAGAACUAAACUAGAAGCUGUAUCUGCUGCAGAGGAAAAGGCCAGAUCCAUAUUCAUGAGUCUGUCUCAUACUCUUGACAAGCUGAAGACAGAAACAGAAGAAGCAAAAAAAGAGAAUGAGCAUAUAAGCCAAGAGGUUACAACCACCAAGGAAGAGAUUCAAAAAAUUGAGUUUGAGAUGGACAUGACUGAAGAAAGAUUGCAAGGUGUCAUGCAAGAGCUGGAAGUAGCCAAAGCAGCCGAAGCUCAAGCCUUAGAGAAACUGAAAACUCUCACUGAGACUACCAUGAAAGAAAGAGCUUUAACAGCACAGCAUAGUUCCUUGAUCACCAUCUCAAAAUUUGAGUACGAGUAUCUAACAAAUCAUGCAGCCUCAGCAGAAGAAAUUGCUGACAAGAAAGUAGCAGCAGCUGAGGCAUGGAUUGAAGCUCUCAAGGCCAGUGAGAAGGAAAUAAUGAUGGAAACAAAAAUAGCUCAAAGAGAACUCAAAGAAACAAAACUGGUGCAAGAGCUGGAGAUUUACACCAAAGAGAAGUUGCAUUCAAGAAGAGAUAGUAGUGAGGAGUUGGAGAAUUGGCCAAGAAAACGCGAGAAGAGUUCAUCCAAGAACUUCCAGAGAGCUAUGUCUAGAAAGAGCAUCAAACUCAAUGGCACUAUAACUCCUGCAAGGGCAGCAAAGUUUCAGAAGAAUGCUUCACCUGCAGCUAGGCAUGUCAGUCCUUUUGCUAUUAAGAAGAGAAAGAAGGUAAUACCAAAUUUGACAAAGCUUUUUAGAGGCAAGAGAAACUCUGGGGAUACACAGUGAAUAUCAAAUAGAAAAUGUGAUAAUGAUGAUGACCCUUAUUGAUCACUGCUAGAAUUUAGAAGAAGGGAAGUGUGUGUGAGGCAACAUGUCAAUUAGUGACUGACAUGUAAUUCCCAUCACAGAACCCAUGUUCUCACUGUGUUCCUUUUCAUAGUAGCAUUGCCACACGGCUCAAGUGUUUCCUUAUCAUUGUUCCAUCCAUAACAAGGAUAAAGGAUUUUACAACUAAAACACUUUUUUAUUUUUAUUUUUGGAAUUGUAGAAAAUAAUAGAGUGAUUGAUGAUUGAUGCAUGUGUGGUGCUAUUUAAAAUACAAGACGCUUUGAGCACAAGACUAUCAUAGAUUAUCGUUGAUGUACAAUGAAGUUUCAUUAGUGGUGAUAGUUGAAAAUUGAAAGACUGAUAAA